CUAAAUAAUAACAUGAAUUCCUUAAUGAAACUCUUGGCCUCGCUGUUACUGUUUAUUUUUUCUUUUCUCAUAUUUGGAGAUAUCGAUGUAGCUGCUGAGAGUUCAAGUCAAAAUCAUCCGUUUUCUGGUCGAAAUAAAUUGUUCGUGUUCGGAGAUUCCUACGUGGAUAUUGGAAACACAAAUACUACUGAUAAGGGGGUAUGGGACUACCCUUACGGUAUCACUUACCCAGGUAAACCCUCUGGCAGGUUCUCGGACGGCCACAUCUCCACCGAUUUUCUAGCCCAAUUGCUAAGGAUAAAAUUACCUGUGACCUACGCCAAGAAAGAUGACGUGGAUAAGACACGGUUACAAUACGGAAUGAGUUUUGCGUAUGGAGGAACAGGAGUGUUCAAGACUUAUGCUGAUUAUCCUAACAUGACCGCUCAGAUCGAUCUCUUCGAGCAACUCCUCGGAACUGUCAUCUACUCUCAGUCCGACCUUUCUUCGUCCGUCGCUCUCGUUAGUGUUGCUGGCAACGACUACAUUACUUUCAUUGAAGCGAAUCGUGAUUCCCCUGCCAAGAUAAUAUUCGGGAUCCGACCACUCAUCGAGAAAGUUGUGAAUCAAACCGAGGUGAAUUUGAGGCGAAUCCACAACUUGGGAGUAAAGAAGAUAGCAAUACCAUCAUUGACACCGCUCCAGUACAUUCCCUACUUUUCAAACAGCUCCGACCUAUUACAUAAUGUCACCCAAUACAUUGUUAAGGAUCUGGUAUCAUACCACAACGACUUGUUGCAUAAGUCAGUCGCCAAGCUUAACAAAGAGACCAGUCAUUCCGCUUUUACCAUCAUAGAUUACUACAAUGCCUUCUUGACCGUCAUCAAUAACAAAGGAGAAAUCCCAGGGAUUCUACCGUUCAAAACCCCGCUCAUAGAAUGUUACAGGAAUGGUACGUUAUGUGAUGAUCCUAGGUCUGCCUUCUUCUGGGAUGGAAUUCACCUUACCCAAGAAGGAUGGAAAUCGGUUUACAAGGUUUUAAGACAUAAUAUCACCGCAGCUUUGACUAAUUACGUGUAAAACCACUUAUCGGUAUCGAAAAUAAUAAAAUGUAUGUGAAAUGUAUUGUAUGGUUAUCUCUCUCGAUUGUGCGAACGAAUAAAGAGCUUGGCUAAUAAAAUAUUUA